AAGUGAAAGCGAAAAUGGACAUUACAUAUCCUCAUCGUCAACGUCUUGUUCGAGAGAUGAAACCAAUAAAACAAAUUGUUACUUUAUAUCCAGCUUUAGCAGUGGUUGAUCUAAUAGUUCGUGAAAUUAAUGUUCAUUGUGAUCCAUUCGAUGGAGAUAUUGUUGAAACAUUUAAAUCAAGUUUCACGAAACUACUCAAAUAUCUGGAUCAUCCACAAAAAGAAAAUAUUACUACCGGUAAUGC